UACUACUUCAGACAUAAGUAGCAGAUCACAGCUCGCGGCUUUGUGUUUUUUUUCCAUCAGACCAAGCUUGACGAUAGAGAAAAAAUGGAGCGUUUUUGUUUGUGGAAGGUGUUAAUGCUGUUGCAAGUUUGUAAUUUAGGUUUCCUCGGAACAUCAGGUGAACAGUGGAGAAAGACUAAAGAAAAGAUCUCAGAUAGUGUUAAAGCGUACAGUCCCUGCAGCCCUGUCAACUGUAGCUGCCACCUGAGUGUUCUGCAUCAGGAUUUGGGGCCUUUCAGAAGAGGAAUCUCUGAAGAUGUCAUGGCUGCUACAGUUCAAAGGGGAGUGGGCACCCACUACCAGGUCAUAGGAAACAAGUUAUAUAGAGAACACAACUGUAUGUUCCCUGCCAGGUGCAGUGGUGUGGAGCAUUUCAUUCUGGAGGUAAUUGACCGGUUACCGGACUUAGAGAUGGUGGUAAAUGUCAGGGAUUACCCUCAGGUCCCCAGCUGGGUGCAGCCAGUCCUGCCUGUCUUCUCUUUCAGUAAGACUGCAGAUUAUCAGGACAUCAUGUACCCUGCAUGGACAUUUUGGGAGGGUGGACCUGCUGUCUGGCCCAUAUACCCCACUGGACUGGGAAGAUGGGAUCUGAUGAGAGAAGAUCUUAAAAAGUCUGCAGCACAAUGGCCUUGGAAGAAGAAAGUGUCCAAAGGAUUCUUCAGAGGUUCCAGGACCAGUGCUGAGCGCGACCCUCUUAUCCUUCUGUCCAGAGAUGCUCCAGAGCUGGUGGAUGCAGAGUACACCAAGAACCAGGCCUGGAAGUCAGAGAAGGACACAUUGGGGAGGCCACCAGCUCAAGAAAUCCCUCUGGUUGACCACUGCAGAUACAAGUAUUUGUUCAACUUCCGUGGUGUAGCAGCCAGCUUUAGACUGAAACAUCUCUUCCUCUGUGGUUCCUUGGUGUUUCAUGUGGGGGAUGAAUGGCAGGAGUUUUUUUACCCGCAGCUCAAGCCCUGGGUCCACUACAUCCCAGUCCAGCAGGAUCUCUCAGACGUCAGGGAACUUCUGGAGUUUGUGAAGGAAAACGAUGCAGUUGCUCAGGAGAUCGCCACAAGGGGGAAGGAGUUCAUCCUCAACCACCUGCAAAUGCAGGAUGUUUCCUGCUACUGGGAGAGACUCCUGAGCGAGUUCAGCCAACUUCUUACCUACAACCCCAAAAAAAAGAGCAACUAUAGCCAGAUUGUCCACAGACCCAGUAAGACGGAGCUAUAACUAAGAGAGCUGUACUAGGGUACUAGGGCAGCUGUACUGAAAGAAAUGUUAGAUGAAUGUAAUUAUUGCACCAUGAAUUCAUCACAAGUAGCACUAAAUGUCGAUAGUGUUCCUCUUAAAAGUUUUUCUAGAAAAUAGUCAUAGAAAAGUUCAUACCUUUUCAUCUUAGAGUUCAGUGUUUUAGGCUAACAUGAGGUCUGGUUGGACCGAGUGACAGCACAGUUCACUGUUGGGGUGUAGAUUGGCCUUAGAUGCUGCCUGCUUUUCAGAGGCCAAAUGCCAUCAGCAGUUAUUGGUCACUUUGUGGUUCAGGAAGUUCAUCGGCUUUUGAGAAAUAAGAAAGCAUUUAAUUCUUAAAAAGAACUUGCCUUGGUGGUGCUUGGUUCUCCAGUUUUACACAGGUCAGAUGUCUAAAUGGACCCAACACCUGGAUGUUCUGAUCUUAGGUUAGGUUAUAGGUUAUCCAAGGACAGGGGAGUCCAAUCCUGGUUCUUGAAGGCCACAGUCCUGCUUGGUGUCCAACUAUUGUCUGCUAUAACUAUUUUGGAUUGGUUGAACAUCCCUGGUCCAAGUAAUCAGAAUCUUUGCAGGUACAGUUGAAGAAACGAGCAGGACAGCUUCUAGUGAGGACCAGGAUUGGACGCCUUGUUUUAAACUUCUUUUUGUGAAUCCUGGGUGGAUGUAAUAUACACAGUAUGUACUUCACUACAGAGCAUAUGUGAAAUGUACUUUGAAAUAUGCUGAGUAUGCUUCUGACAGAGGGGUGACUUGUGUGGUUACACAUAGUAUUGGAUCAAUUCACAUCUUACUUUAAUUGCCUCAGUUUUAGAUUGUCACUCACAGAGAGAACAGAGCAUCUACAUGACUUCCCUUUUUGAAUGAUUUUAAUGGUAAUGGUAACAUGUUAUUAUCUGCAUAGUUCAUCACAUUGGGUUGACACGAAAAUCAGACCUCUACCGUCUUGUACACUGGUUGCUCAGUGCAUUUGUCAUAGGAAAUGUGACUCUGUCCCUCAUGCUUCAACCUGAUUCUGCACAACACGGAAUCAAAAACAUUAGACAGUAACCUGCUCGUCGCCUGAAACUCUGAAUACUUGAAUAACUGCAUCAAGGUGCAUGAUGUUGACUCCUAACAGCUGCUCAAAUAUAUUUGAGGAACCUACAGUACUGAUUAAUCAUAUCAUGCAUAAUAUGUAUGUUUAAUGUGAUCUAGUGCAUUGGAAGGCGAUUCAGAAGGCUAAAAGGUCUGGACAGAGAAUAAUGCAAAAAAAUAUUUCCUAUUACAUUCAUUAUAAAAAAGUACUAAUUAUAUUAAUGCAAAGAAUGACUAAAAGCACUAAGAUCAAAUAGCCAUUUGCUGCCCUCUAAUGGAUAAACAUCCUAAAUGAUCCUUUGCCAAGUGUCACUACAUCCAUCACAUUUUCUGUAAUAAAGACACACAAUGUCACAGGUUGCCAACAGUGAGCAAUAAUGUUGUGUUCUAUUUAGAGGGGCAGUUUCCAAGAAACACUUAAACACUCGCACAACAUGUGGAUAGAUUUUACCUAUUGAAAGUAGUCUUGCUAGAGGUUAAUGCUGAAUAUGUUGUAGUAUUCACAUUACACUGUAAACGAGCAGGAAUCUCAAAGUGGUGUUGAGAAAAUGAACCAGGGUAAACAUGAUUGUGUAAUGUUCGUUUGACCAAAAAACUGUGAUUAUUUGCUAGAUCAAGUGUCAAGGUGUCACAUUUAGAUUUCUGACAUGAUUUGUGCAGCAUUUUUGUUGUAAUGGCAAUAAACAGUUUUGCUCUUUAAAGCCA